CUCCCCGGCCACUGCUCUAUAUCCCUCUCCGUUCCCGUAAAGAAAAAACAGAGGACGAAUCCCCACGCCGGAACCGCGCGCGCCGCUAGGUCUUGACCACCGGAGUACGCAGCCCCGCUCCGGCGACCGCCCACGGCGGCGAUCCGGCGUCCCGCCUCCCCGCGCGGCCCCGCUCGACCUAGAUCUCGCGCGGGACGCAUGAGGCGCCCCGGAAUCGGCCAGAUCUAGCCGCUUCUUCCGGGCCGGCCGGCCGGACCAUGCAGCCCGGCGGGGGCCCCUCCGGCAGCUCGCCGGCGUCGUCGCCCCGGCCGGACCAGCAGCCGCCGACGCCGUCGCAGCAGCAGCAGCAGCAGGCACAGCACCUAGGGUUUACCAGGAACCAGGCAAUGAUGCAUCACCAUGAACAGCAGCAGCAGCAGCAGCAGCAAUCGUACCAACCGGGUGCACCGCAUGGUAUGAUGGGAGGGGGCGGCAGUGGCGGCGGGGGCUUCCCUCAGUCCUCGGGCCCGAUGCUGCCGUUCCAGGGCCAGAGGAACAUGCCACAACCCGGUGGACCGCAGGGGCAGCAGCACAACCAGAGCACAAUGCAGCAGCAGCAGCAGGCAUACAUGCAGUUCCUGAUGCAGCAGCAGAAGUCCCAUGGGAUGCACCUCCAGCAGCAACAGCAGCAGCAGCAGGCGAAGCUGAACAUGGCAGGACCGUCUGCUGCGAGGGACCAGGAUGCGGCUGCCAACCCGGCCAAGAUGCAGGAGCUCAUGGCCCUUCAGUCCCAGGCCCAGGCGCAGAUGUUCAAGAGGCAGCAGUCUGAGAAUCUUCAGCAGGCGGAGAAGCAGAUGGAACAUGGGCAGCCGGGCAGCGGCGAGCAAAGGAGCAGUGAUAUGAGGCCACCUAUGCCACCACAAGCAGUCCCUGGGCAGCAAAUGUCGUCAGCGGGCAUGGUGAGGCCGAUGCAAGGCCAAGCGGCAGCGGGCAGCAUUGGUGGUAUCCCCUUCCAAGCUAUCCAUGCCUGGGCAAAGGAGAUGAACAUCGACCUGUCUAAUCCUGCAAAUGCGAAUCUCGUUUCUCAAAUAUUACCUGUUUGGCAGGCCAGGAUGGCCGCCAUGCAGAAGCAGCAGAGCGAGACCAGCAUGGCUGCACAGCAGCAGCAGCAGCAGCAGCAGAAUCAGCACAUGCUUCCUAGGCAGGUGAGCAGUGAUGCCCCAGUGAAUGGGAAUGUUCCUGGUCAGCCCCCAUUGAAGCCCAGGCAGCCUCUCCCACCCAGUUCUUCGGUUUCUGUUGGAGCAGAGACCAAGGUGAUGAAUCCAAGCAACUUGCAGAUGCAGCAACAGUUCUCCGCGCAUAGCAGGGAAACCUCAAAUGAGAGGGCUGUGAGGCCGCCCAUGACAAUGGGAAACACUGGGCAAAUGAUGCAGAUGACCCAAAGUUCUGGACCUGUGAAUAAGAUUUCUGAGCAGCCCAAUCCAAAGAAUGCGAUUACUACCUCUGAAGCGAUGCAGAUGCAGUAUGCAGCAAGACAGAUGCAGCAGGGUAACCGAGCUGCCACCCCUACAGCAACCCCUGCUGAUACUGCAGGACCACAGGCCCCAACACAAGGUGCUCGGCCGCAUUCGAGUUUCACUAAACAUCAACUUCAUGUACUUAAAGCUCAAAUAUUAGCUUUUCGGCGUUUGAAGCGUGGUGAUCGUACACUUCCACCAGAAGUUCUUGAAUUAAUCAUGUCUCCUCCUCCGCCGCCGCCAGACUCAAAGCCGCAGCUGGUCGCUGGACCUCCAGUAACUCUUAAUCGUGAGAAUUCUGCUACAGUCGCCGCUGAUGAACAUGGAAGACCCAUGGAGAGUGGUGAUAAAGCUCCUGAGAAACCCCCAUUGUUGAAGGGCCCCUCUUUGCCGAAGGUGGAGGUUUCUCCUUCGGAAGACAAAACUGGUUCUGUUAGUGGUCCCGUGCAAGUGAUGAAAGUUUCACCCAAGGAGCCUCUUAGAAUUGGGCCAGUUUCAGCACCUGAGCAAAAUAACGCCGCCCCCGUUAAAUCUGAGCAGGAACCAGAUAAGGGUAUCCAGAGAACACCUGUGAGAAGUGAUAACAGUGGUGAAAGGGGAAAAUCUGUACCGGCUGAAAGUGGUUCAGCAGAUGCUGAGCAGGCAAAAAGAGCUGCCUCUACAAGUAGUGCACCAUCUCCCAGGGAUGUUCCCAGAAAGUAUCAUGGUCCAUUAUUUGAUUUUCCGUCCUUCACUAGGAAACAUGAUUCCUUGCCCCCUGCAAAUUACAAUGGUAGUCUAGCACUUGGUUAUGAUGUGAAGGACUUAUUGGCCCAGGAAGGCAUGAUAGUUCUUGGCAAGAAACGAGAGGAUAGCUUGAAAAAGAUUAGCGGCUUGCUUUCAUUUAAUCUAGAGAGGAAGAGAAUCCGACCAGAUCUUGUAUUGAGGUUACAGAUUGAAGAAAAAAAGCUGAAACUCCUAGAGCGCCAGGCUCGUAUGAGGGAUGAAGUUGAAGAGGUGCAACAGGAAAUAAUGGCAAUGCCUGAUAGGAUAUACAGGAAAUUCGUCAAGCAAUGUGAACGUCAACGCAUUGAGCUUAUAAGGCAAGUUCAGCAGAUGCAAAAGGCCUCAAGAGAGAAGCAGCUGAAGUCUGUUUUCCAGUGGCGCAAGAAGCUUUUGGAAGCACAUUGGGCUAUACGUGAUGCACGAAUAACUCGUAACAGGGGGGUGGCCAAGUACCAUGAAAGAAUGUUAAGGGAAUUUUCGAAGAAAAAAGAUGAUGAUCGAAGCAAAAGAAUGGAGGCACUAAAAAACAAUGAUGUGGAAAGAUAUCGUCAAAUACUGUUGGAACAACAAACUAGUGUUCCUGGCGAUGCAGCUCAAAGAUACAACGUUUUAUCUUCAUUCUUAUCCCAGACUGAAGAGUACCUUUAUAAACUUGGAGGGAAAAUUACUGCUGCCAAGAAUCAUCAGCAAGUAGAAGAGGCAGCAAAUGCUGCAGCAGCAGCUGCACGGGCACAGGGUCUUUCUGAAGAAGAAGUGAAGGCUGCUGCACAAUGUGCUGGUCAGGAGGUCAUGAUAAGGAACCAAUUCUCGGAGAUGAAUGCACCAAAGGAGAACACUUCUGUUAACAAGUACUAUACUUUAGCUCAUGCUGUGAGUGAAAGAGUUACAAAGCAGCCCUCACUUUUGCGAUUAGGAACUUUGAGAGACUACCAACUGGUGGGCCUUCAGUGGAUGCUUUCGUUGUACAAUAAUAAAUUGAACGGCAUUUUGGCUGAUGAGAUGGGUCUUGGCAAGACUGUACAGGUUAUGGCGUUGAUUGCAUACCUGAUGGAGUUUAAAGGGAAUUAUGGACCACAUCUCAUUAUAGUGCCAAAUGCUGUCUUGGUGAACUGGAAGAGUGAACUGCUAAACUGGUUACCAUCUGCAUCUUGCAUCUUUUAUGUUGGUGCAAAGGAUCAAAGGCAAAAGUUGUUCUCUCAGGAGGUUAUGGCUGUCAAAUUUAAUAUUCUUGUAACAACAUAUGAAUUUGUUAUGUUUGAUCGUUCCAAGCUUUCAAAAAUUGAUUGGAAGUACAUUAUAAUUGAUGAGGCCCAACGCAUGAAAGAUAGAGAGUCAGUAUUGGCACGUGAUCUUGAUCGCUAUAAAUGCCAGCGCCGUCUCCUUCUCACUGGCACUCCUCUACAGAAUGAUCUCAAGGAGCUUUGGUCCCUCCUGAAUUUGUUGCUACCCGAAGUCUUUGACAAUCGCAAGGCAUUUCAAGAUUGGUUCUCAAAGCCUUUUCAGAGGGAUGCUCCUACACCUAGUGAAGAAGAUGAUUGGUUAGAGACCGAGAAGAAAGUGAUUAUUAUUCACAGGCUGCAUCAAAUUUUGGAACCUUUUAUGCUACGUAGGCGCGUUGAAGAUGUUGAAGGCUCACUUCCAAGGAAGGAUUCUAUUGUUUUGAGGUGCAAAAUGUCUGCCGUUCAAGGUGCUAUAUAUGAUUGGAUCAAAUCCACUGGCACCAUCAGGGUUGAUCCUGAAGAUGAGAAAAUACGUAUACAAAGGAAUCCAAUGUACCAGCCCAAGUCAUAUAAGAAUCUCCAAAACAAAUGCAUGGAACUGAGGAAAGUUUGUAACCAUCCUUUGCUGUCAUAUCCUUUUAUGAACUACUAUGGGAAGGAUUUUAUUAUUAGAUCUUGUGGGAAGUUGUGGAAUCUUGAUAGGAUUCUCAUUAAGCUUCAUAGGUCUGGUCAUCGUGUACUCCUCUUUAGCACUAUGACCAAACUUCUUGACAUCCUGGAGGACUAUCUGCAAUGGAGGCAACUUGCUUACAGGCGAAUUGAUGGAACAACUAGCUUGGAAGACCGUGAAUCAGCAAUUGUUGAUUUCAAUAGGCCAGGUUCUGAGUGUUUUAUAUUCUUGCUUAGUAUCCGUGCUGCUGGCAGAGGUCUGAAUCUUCAGAGUGCAGACACUGUUGUAAUUUAUGACCCUGAUCCAAACCCACAAAAUGAAGAACAAGCAGUUGCCAGGGCCCAUCGUAUAGGGCAGACUAGGGAGGUAAAGGUUAUUUACAUGGAGGCUGUUGUUGAUAAUAUCUCAAGUUAUCAGAAAGAGGAUGAAUUAAGGAAUGGAGGAAGUGGAGAUUUGGAGGACGAUCUUGCUGGAAAGGACAGAUACAUGGGUUCGAUUGAAAGUCUCAUCCGCAGCAAUAUCCAACAGUUCAAGAUUGAUAUGGCAGAUGAAGUCAUUAAUGCUGGUCGUUUUGAUCAAAGAACUACCCAUGAGGAAAGGCGCAUGACUUUGGAGACCCUACUGCACGAUGAAGAGAGGUAUCAAGAAACUCUUCAUGAUGUUCCUUCUCUACAGGAAGUUAAUCGGAUGAUUGCUCGGAAUGAAGCUGAAGUUGAGCUCUUUGAUCAGAUGGAUGAAGAAUUUGAUUGGACAGGAGAUAUGAUGAAACAUAAUCAGGUUCCAAAGUGGCUCCGCGUUAGUUCUACAGAGCUUGACUGUGUCGUUGCAAGCGUAACCAAAAAGCCUUCCAGAAAUGCGUCUGGCAGCAGUGCUCCUGACACUAAACUUGAGAAAAGAAGGGGUCGACCAACGGAGGCUGGUAAGUACUCCAUCUACAGGGAGUAUGAUGAUGAUGAAGAUGAUGAGGAAUCCGAUGAAGAUGAUGAAGAGAGGAAUACAUCACCUCCCCCUGAAGAAGGUGAAACAGGAGAAUACGAAGAUGACGAGGAAAAUGAUGAUUCAGCACCAGAUGAUAACAAAGAAGAUCAAUCUGACCCGGAGGAAGAAGAGCCUAUCAAUGAUGAUGGAUACGGUUUUCAACGUGGGACGGGGAGCGGAAAAGCUCAUAAGUCUGAAGAAGCUGGUUCAACAGGAUCUUCAUCUGGAAGCCGGAGAUUACCACCACCUGCCCCUUUCUCAUCUUUGAAGAAGCUGCGGUCUCUAUCUGCAUUAGAUGCCCGCCCAGGCACUUUUUCAAAAAUAACUACAGAUGACCUAGAGGAAGGAGAGAUUGCAUUAUCAGGGGAGUCAAAUAUGGAUCUACAGCAGUCAGGCAGCUGGAACCAUGAACGAGAUGACGGUGAGGAUGAACAGGUGCUGCAACCUAAAAUAAAACGCAAAAGGAGUAUCCGUUCUCGUCCAAGACCUAGUGCGGAAAAACAGGAAGAUAGAUCUGGUGUAGAUGGUGCUUUCCACCAACGCGGUGCUCGCCUUUUAUUCUCUGGAGAUGGUGAUUAUGAUUCACAUCUGAAAUCUGAGCAAGAUGCCCAUGCUUUAGCGGGUCCUACUUCCAGGCAGCAAGAUGCAGUUCAUCCGAUAGUGAAACAAAAGCGUAACAUGCCAUCUAGAAAGGCCCCUCCUGCUUCUAGGGCUGGUAAAUCCAGCCACUUGUCUGGGUCUGCCAAGGUCACUGAUUCUAAGAUGUCUGACAGUAUGCAAAGAAAGUGCAAGAAUGUAAUAAGCAAGCUUUGGAGGAGGAUUGACAAGGAGGGCCACCAAAUCAUACCCAACAUAGCUUCUUGGUGGCGAAGGAAUGAAAAUCCCUCAUCCAAAGGUGUGGCUGGCAACACUCUUGACCUACAGAAAAUUGAACUUCGGGUUGAUGGAUUCGAGUAUGGCGGUGUAGCUGAGUUCAUAGCGGACAUGCAGCAAAUGUUGAAAAGUGUGGUUCAACAUUUCAGUUACAGACAUGAGGUUCGAGUAGAAGCAGAGACUCUCCAUAACUUAUUUUUCAACAUCAUGAAGAUCGCAUUCCCAGACUCUGACUUCCAAGAGGUCAAGGACUCAAUGUCGUUUGCAAAUCCAGGAGGAGGGGUGAACAGCAGCGCUGCCCUAUCAGCAAAGCACUCAGGUCCAGGUCAUAAGCAGCGCCGUUCUACCGCCACCGAUGCUGAGCAGCAUGGUUCCGGCAGUGGCAAGCAUAGCCAGCACACCUCGGUCGGCGAGGCUCCUAGCCGGGUCAAACCUGAGAGGCAUUCUGGACCUGGUAGCAGGGAUCCGAACCUUGGCACAGCGGGGCUGUUGCCACACCCCGGCGAUCUGUUCAUCGUCAAGAAGAAGCGACAGGAGCGGAUGAGGGGCAGCAUUGGGUCUCCAUCCAGCUCAGGCCGAGGACCACUCUCCCCACCAAGCAACCCUGGGCGCAUGGGCCCGUCGCCCUCCCCCAGAGGCGCGAGGACGCCCUUCCAGAGGGACCCCCACCCGUCACAGCAGGGCAUGCCUGGAUGGGGCGCACACUCCGACCGCGGAGGGAGCUCGUCGCCUGGCAUCGGAGACAUCCACUGGGCCAAGCCUGCAAAGAGACAGCGGACUGACAGCGGCAAGAGGCGGCCGAGCCAAAUGUGAUGUACAUUCUCCAGCAUCCCCUGACUGGUCCUACCUACCUGUGUUGUGUAAGAGGAAAAAUGUGGGGUAGGUGUUUCUUCCUUGUAUGUUGGGUAUUUAUUUGUUUACUGUAAAGGGAAACUCUUCUUAGACUUGUUAUGUGGUAGCUAGUGCAGCUAGAGAAAUGCAUUCUCAUGUCAAAAAGAACAGUGAAAUGAAAUAGUUGGCUUUAAUAAUUAGUUAGUGGGUGGAUCAAUUAUCCCUUGUUUAUGUUACCAUGAGCAAUUUGGUUAAUAGAAACUAAUUAACCCCUGAA